ACACACGAAUUAUCCAAAGUUCCUAAACACAAAACUCCAACGCAUACCUUUAUUUCUAUGAUCCGAAAAACACAUGGUUCGGAUCGCCGGAUACUAACGUUCCCGGCGGUUCAUCCCUGCGAGAACAUUGCUCCCUCAACCCUUCUCUCUUCGCUCAUCACUCUCUCCAACGCCAUUUCUAAUUCCCAACACAGAUUCUUCCCUUGUAACAAGCGAAACGCGAGAAACGCCAUUCGUUUGGCCCGGCUUCUCCAACCUUUCCUUCAUGAGAUCCGAGACCUUCAUUUGGGUCUUCCCGACCCGGCUACCCUUAGUUUGUCGGAGCUCCACCUCACCUUCCAGAAGCUUCUUUUCUUGCUGGAAGACUCUUCCCGCGAAGGUGCAAGGCUUUACAUGUUAAUGGAAUCGGAUCGGGUCGCAACUCAGUUUCGGGUCUUGGCCAGAUCCAUGGCCACUGCUUUGGACAUUUUCCCUUUUGGUUCUGUUGAGGUCUCUGUGGAAGCUAAGGAGCAGAUUUUGUUGCUGAUGAAGCAAGCUAGGAAGGCCAUGUUUGAAUUUGAGCCUGAUGAUAAACGGGUUGUGAUGGGUGUUAUGUCGGGUUUGACCCUGUUUGGAAAGCGGGUUGCCCCGAAUGAGGGUGAUCUGAAGUGGGUUCUUGAUUAUAUUGGGGUUAGGAGGUGGAGUGAGUGUAACAAGGAGGUGAAGUUUUUGGAGGGUGAAAUUGGGUUUGAGUGUUUGAAUGAGGGGAAGAGAAAGGUGGAUUUUUUGAGUGGUUUGAUUGGGUUCAUGAGUUAUUGUAGAUGCGUGGUGAUGGAGGAUGUUGAUGGUGCAGAAGGUAACAAGAAAUCUGAAAGGAGCAUUGAAAAUGAGGUGAUUCUGAGUUGCAUUAACUCAGAUGAUUUUCGAUGUCCAAUCUCUUUGGAGUUUAUGAGUGAUCCGGUGACAAUAGAGACCGGUCAUACUUAUGAUCGUUCUUCAAUUCUCAAAUGGUUUAGAAGUGGAAAUGCAGUAUGUCCCAAGACGGGUAAAAGGCUUAGUAGCAUUGAAUUGGUCCCGAACUUGGUGCUACGGAGGUUGAUUCAGCAAUAUUGCUAUGCAAAUGGCAUUGCUUUUGCUGAUUUGGGUCGUAGGAAUCGGGACAUCCCCAGAACAGUGCAGCCAGGAAGUGUGGCAGAAGAGGAAACAAUGAAAAUGUUGGGUGGUUUUCUCCGUGGAAGGCUUGAGAAUGGAACUGGGGAAGAGAAGAACCGAGCUGCUUUGGAAAUAAGGCUUCUUUCCAAAACAAGCAUUUUUAGUAGGUCUUGUUUGGUGGAAGCUGGUUUGGUUCCUCUUUUGUUGUUGUCUUUGAGAGAUUCAUUGACACAAGAGAAUGCCAUUGCAGCCAUUUUGAAUCUCUCAAAAUACUCAAAGAGUAGAGCUGAGAUGGUUGAGAAUUUGGGGUUGGAAUUGAUUGUGGGGGUCUUAAAGAAAGGGAUAAAGAUUGAAGCUCGCCAGCAUGCUGCUGCUGUGUUGUUUUACCUUGCUUCAAAUGCUGAGUAUGGGAACAUGAUAGGAGACGAGCCAGAAGCAAUUCCAUCAUUGAUCAGGCUCAUCGAAGAUGGCUCUGAUCGAAGCAAAAAGAAUGGUUUGGUUGCAAUUUUUGGCCUCCUUAAGCACCCUGAAAAUCAUAGGAGGGUGCUAAGAGCUGGAGCAAUUCCUUUGUUGAUUAACAUCUUAAAAGGAUGUGAAAAGGAAGAACUCAUCACAGACUCACUUGCAAUUCUAGCGACUAUGGCAGAGAGGAGUGAGGGAACAUUAGCAAUCCUUCACUUUGGAGCUUUGCUUGUAGCUGUUGAAAUUUUGAGUUCUUCCACUUCAAGGGUGGGGAAGGAGCAUUGCGUGUCUUUAUUGCUUUCUCUUUCAAUAAAUGGUGGAGUAGACGUGGUUGCUCAUUUAGUGAAGAUCCCUUCUCUUAUGGGAUCUUUAUAUUCCCAACUCAGUGAAGGCACAUGUCGAGCAAAUAAAAGGGCCAGUGCUCUCAUCAGGAUCCUUCAUGAUUUUUAUGAAAGGUCUUCUGGCUUCAAGACUUCAGUUAUUCCACAAGAACAAUUUGUUCAUGUUUGGUAACCUAGUAUUUUUUUGGUUCAUCUGGGUAUUCUUUGAUUUGUUUUAAGGAUACGAAUUGUAGAUACUAGUGUAUAAAUGUGCUUAUUUCUGUUGUUUAUACUCGUGAUAUUAGUUCGCAUUUUAAAGAGCUAAUAAUUUUAUCAGCUUCUGCUUUUGACCAUGAAGCAUGUACAAUUAUUCAUUGAUCUGUUGAAUAUUUAUCAAAUAAGGUUGCAUAACGUCAAUUAAUGAGGAAUAAUAUCCAAAUUUUCCUCCUCUUUUAUUGUCUCCACGACAAAAGUUUCAGGCCUGUGUAGAACUGCGAUGUAAAAUACUUCGUUUAUAACGAUACAAGUACCUUCUAGGAUUAAUUUGCUAUGUAUAUGCCUUAUUAACGAGUUUAACGCCAUAAAAAAUAAUUCAAUGGAAAUACUUUGCUUAUCUUUGUGGUCCAUUUGAUCGUUUCGAAAAUCGAUGUUAAAGAGAAAUCGAUGUUAAAGAAACAGCAAUAAUACCUCCCAACCCAAAUAAUGAUCUUAUAUCCCAAAGUUAUUUUCUCACUGACUUUUCACUCGGUGGAGUGAUAAUGCCAAUAAAGUUAAAUAACAAUUAAGUAAAAUGUUAGCAAGAUUUUUUUUAACAAACUCUUAAGCACACUUUAUUACCAACUUAAAUUUAUUAAGAAUCACAGAGAACAUGUUCACUUCUAAUUUAAUAAAUCUCACUUAUAAUUGUAUAAUCUUUAAUAAAUUUAGAACAACAAUUAAAUUAAUAAAAAAUAUAUUCCUAACACACCUCUUAAUCAAUCGUCUUUAAUUUUAAUAAAUUCUCCUAAUCCUCAAAAUUAAUUAAUUUUACUUCAGUUUCUUUCAAUCACUUUGUACCAAAAUAAAUUAAAAUAAACAUUCUAUAAAAUGUAAAGUUUACCUGAAACUAUAGGGAUCGAUAUUUAAAAUUCCCGGCACUAAAACGAGGCAUUUCCUUAUAAAAGAAAGGUACACAUUAUUAUUACAGAAAGAGGGGUUACCUUACCAUAGAACUGAUAUGUGAGACCGGACAAAAAAAUAGUCGUAAGAUAAGUAAAUUCCAAAAGGGUAAGUAUUAUUUAGUGACGGUAUUUCUUAUUUCCAAAGAAAAACAAAAGUAAGUCCAGGGCAGUAAAAAAAAUGUCCCAGACCAUUCACAUGACAAAAAUUGCCACUCGAUUCUCACAGGU